AUGUGCUCCAGCCGCAAGAUCCUGUGGAGCCUGCUCCUGCUGUCCGUGGUGGAGGUGGGCCUGGGUGUGGCGAGCAUCGUCCUGGGAGCCGUGGGCAUUAGCUGGGUCCGGGGACAACACAAACCGCAGCAGGGCGACGCGUCCCCGGUGUGGAGCGGACUCUGUUUUCUGGUCUGUGGGAUGUGUGGAGUGCUGUGUGCUCGCAAGAGGACAGGUCUUAUUAUGAUCUUAUUUUCGGCAUGCUGUAUUUGUGGUCUGAUUGGUGGGAUCCUAAACUUCCAGUUUGUUCGGGCGCUGAACAAACGACCAGACUCCAUGCACUCGAUCCAUCUGGCUGCCAUGACUCUGGCCUGUCUGGGGAUCUCUUCCUGUACCUUAUCCACAUGGCUUACCUGUCGCCUGGCUAGCUCCGAGCAGCAGAGGAUGUUCCUGGAGAGGGAACACUCGCUGCACCAUUCGCAUGAGAUGACCGAGAAGGAGAUCCUGGACAACUCCAGUAACGGCAUUCCUCAGAUAUCUUACAACGGACACACCACAGUAUCACCAUGA